GCAUGCACAACAUUAUCCAGACAGAGUGGCUUUGAUUUGGGAAAAAGAUGAGCCUGGCAAUGAAGUGAAAGUCACCUAUAGGGAACUUCUGGACAUGACUUGCCGCCUUGCUAACACCUUAAAGAAAAAUGGAAUAAAAAAAGGGGACAGAGUCGCUAUCUAUAUGCCUGUGUCUCCACUGGCAGUAGCUGCCAUGUUGGCUUGUGCCAGAAUUGGUGCUGUUCACACGGUUGUUUUUGCUGGAUUCAGUGCAGAAUCCUUAGCAGGGAGGAUCAAUGACUCUGAAUGCAAAGCAGUCAUCACCUGUAACCAGGGUCUCAGGGGAGGACGAGUCAUAGAACUGAAGAAGACUGUGGAUGAAGCGGUGAAGAACUGUCCAAGUGUCAAGUGUGUCUUUGUGGCUCAGAGAACUACCAACAAAAUCCACAUGGGCAGUCGUGAUAUUCUCCUUGAAGAAGAGAUGGCUUGUGAGGCUUCAGUUUGUCCUCCUGAAAUCAUGGACAGUGAAGACAUGCUCUUUAUGCUGUACACCUCAGGGAGUACAGGGAAACCUAAAGGAAUUGUUCACACCCAGGCUGGCUAUCUGCUUUAUGCUGCCUUAACACACAAGCAUGUAUUUGACUACAAGCAAGGUGACAUUUUUGGUUGUGUGGCUGAUAUUGGCUGGAUCACAGGACACAGCUAUGUUGUCUAUGGACCGCUCUGCAAUGGAAGCACCACCGUUCUGUUUGAAAGUACUCCAGUUUAUCCUGAUCCAGGUCGCUAUUGGGAAACUGUGCAAAGAUUAAAAAUUAAUCAAUUUUAUUGUGCCCCCACUGCAUUACGUUUGCUGCUAAAGUAUGGAGAGGAAUAUGUGAAGAAGUAUGACAGGUCUUCUCUAACUACCCUUGGAUCAGUGGGAGAACCAAUAAACCAUGAAGCCUGGCAAUGGUUCUACAAUGUGGUAGGAGACGGAAGGUGUACCCUUGUGGACACUUGGUGGCAAACAGAGACUGGUGGCAUUUGCAUUGCUCCUCGGCCUGCAGAAAAAGGAGCUGAGAUCAUUCCAGCUAUAGCAAUGCGGCCUUUCUAUGGGAUUAGCCCAGUACUGAUGGAUGAGAAGGGAAGAAUUUUAGAAGGCAAUGAUGUGUCUGGUGCUCUCUGCAUUGCACAGCCCUGGCCCGGUAUAGCACGGACUAUCUAUGGAGAUCAUCAGAGAUUUAUAGAGGCUUAUUUCAAAAUGUACCCAGGUUAUUAUUUCACAGGAGAUGGUGCUUAUCGAACUAAAGAAGGCUAUUAUCAGAUAACAGGGAGAAUGGAUGAUGUCCUAAACAUCAGUGGACACAGACUUGGAACUGCAGAGAUUGAAGAUGCCAUGGAUGAACAUCCUGCAGUACCUGAAACAGCUGUGAUUAGUUUUCCCCAUGAUAUCAAAGGGGAGGCUGCGUUUGCUUUCAUUGUGCUAAAAGACAACACGGGAAAUCCAGAAAUAAUUACCAAAGAGCUAAGAGCAAUAGUUGCUUCCAAGAUAGCCAAAUAUGCUGUGCCUGAUCAUGUUCUGGUAGUGAAGCGUCUUCCCAAAACUCGUUCAGGAAAAAUCAUGAGAAGGUUGCUACGGAGAAUAGUGACAGGCACUGUUAGUGACAUGGGAGAUAUCACCACACUGGAUGACCCCAGUGUCAUCACAGAAAUACUCGAUGCAUACAAGGAGUACAAAAUUAAGCAUCCUACCUUGUAAUUGGAAGCUGUGGACAUUAGUUCCAUAAGAAACCCAGAGGAACAAAUGGAAUCACCAGAUCUACUCAUGCUCUGUCAGAGAAUUGUGUUUGCUUAUUUAUGUAAGGAACAGAAUAUUCUACUCCUGAAAAAAUCUUUAUUACAGUAGUAUUUGCCUCUUGUAUGUGCUUUGCUGCAGUUCACUAUGUUGUCUUUGAAACUAUGCAAGACUUCAUUUAGGUUCCCUUAUUUUAAGACUUCUUCCUCUAGCAUUUUUAAGACCUUGUUAAUGUAACAGAGCAUUGGAAACUCAGCAGUUGGCAGGAAUUGAGCCUCAUGUCUGUGCCUCAGAAAAUAGGAAGCACCUUUUUGAUCAUUGUCUUAGGGAAAUCUCUCUUAAGUGUCCUUGACCAUUCAGGUAAUUUGAAUUUUUCAGUGCUUGAAGUCAUGUGAGAUCCUAAACAUUUGCAAUCGCACAAAUAAAGAUAUUUCUGUAUGACUUUUUUCUUGAAUGAACAGUAA